AUGGGUAUUCCAUCUCCUGAUUAUGAUUCCGUACUCCUUCGCGAGCAUCUGUACAAAGAUCUAAAGAAACAUUUUUUGGUUCUGCCUCCAGAGGCUAAGCAAGGUUCUUUUAAGUCAAUUAGUGACAUAGGCCUAGGCCUCUUCCAGUACAAGUUUGCCGAUGAAGAAGAGGUGACAGCAUCUUCGCCAUCUCUUCAGGGCAUCAUGUGGCGUAUAUUUUUAAGGCACUUUAUUGCCAUCAUAGUCCUGAGCAUAGUCUACUCCUUCUUAUACCAACUUGUAUUCCGGAGAGCCUUGUUCGGUAGAUGGAGAUGGCCUGUCCACUUUGGUCAUUUCCGAAAGAUUUCUGACAUUGAAGAGGCUGUUACACCUCCUUUAAUGACUUGUCACACUCCAGUACCUUCUCUUUCUUUUUCACCAGGUGUGAGAAAUGAAGAUCUUUCCGAGUCGUCUUCUCCUGAGAAUGUCUAUAUUAAGACCACAAAUAUUUCCGACUCCUGGUCUCGGUUCAAGCCUGAAAAUGAAUUUAUUUCAGGCAUACAUACUGUUAAGAUCCGAUAG